AUGGAGCAUACCAAAUCAUUCAUAAAAGUUGCUGGUACCGGAUUUAUUCUAGACAAUAAACCACAUUAUGUGAUUGGGGCGAACUACUGGCAGGCUAUGAACCUUGGAAUGGAAAGUGGGAAUAGGUCAAGAGUAUUAAAAGAUCUAGAAUCUUUAAAAAAGAACGGGAUUAAUUGUUUGAGAAUUAUGGCAGCAAGUGAAGGUCCUCCUAAUGAACCUUAUAGAAUGUACCCAGCUUUGAUGAAUGCACCAGGAGAUUAUGACGAAAGUGUUUUUCAAGGACUUGAUUGGUUUCUUGAUCAAUUAAAAAAUUAUGACAUGACUGCGAUUAUGACCCUAUCGAACUUUUGGCAUUGGUCAGGUGGAUUCGCUCAAUAUGUUCAUUGGGUUGACGAUUCAGCACCAAUACCAUAUCCUGAAACUAGUGGUUUCUCUUUUGAUUCUUACUCCUCCAGAUUUAUUACAGAUCCAAAAAUUAACGAUACAUGUCAAAAGUAUUAUUUGAAUCAUGUGAAAACUGUUAUAAAUCGGAAAAAUACCGUUAAUGGCAUUGUAUAUAAAAAUGAUCCUACAAUAUUUGCCUGGGAAUUAGCAAAUGAGCCACAAGCUGUUUACGUCCCGAAUGCGCAUGAGAUAGUUUUUCAAUGGUUCGAUGAAACUUCUAAGUUCAUUAAAUCAUUGGACAAAAAUCAUUUGGUAACUACGGGAACAGAAGGAAAACAUGGAAAAGAUUGGUUCAUUACUAUGCAUAAAAGCGAUAACAUUGAUUUUACUAGCGUACAUUUAUGGGCUGAACAUUGGGGACAUUAUAUACCAGAUGAUUCGAAACCAGAAAAUCUUCAAAGAGCUGUGGAUUUCAUGCGUCGUUAUCUGCAAGAAACUAGUGAUUGGUCAACUAAAAUCUUAAAGAAACCUGUUUUACUAGGAGAAUUUGGAAUGUCGCGUGAUGCUUGGACCAAGAUCUCAAAGUAUGAUCCAAAAGCACCGGUAACUAACAGAAAUAAAUUUUUCACUGAAAUAGCGAAUAAAAUAUUUGAAUUGGAAAAACAACAUGCGUCAACGGGACUUAUGUUUUGGGCAUACUCUGGACUUGGUCGCCCCGAUGAUACAAAACCUACGUGGGUCGGUGAUCCACCUCAUGAGGUGUUGUUAAUGUCUUUAUUUGGAAUUUUGAACCUCGGUUAUUUAACUGGUUCAGGACAA